CGCAGGAGGCGGGCAUGCGCAGCAGGGCGUGGAGUCCGAGGACGCCGGACGCCAUCGUGGGGCGAGACGCGGCGCCAGAUCAUCCUCUGCUCACAAACUUCGUCUCGUGUUUAUUAGGCAAGAAGAGGGUCCUCUUUCCGCGCCCAGCGCAGCCAUGGCUCGUGGUCCCAAGAAGCACCUGAAGCGCGUGGCAGCCCCAAAGCACUGGAUGCUGGACAAACUGACAGGCGUGUUUGCGCCCCGGCCGUCCACCGGCCCGCACAAGCUGAGGGAGUGCCUCCCUCUCAUCAUCUUCCUGCGGAACAGACUGAAGUACGCGCUCACGGGGGACGAGGUGAAGAAGAUCUGCAUGCAGCGGCUCAUCAAGAUCGACGGCAAGGUCCGGACCGACAUCACCUACCCCGCGGGCUUCAUGGAUGUCAUCAGCAUCGACAAGACGGGGGAGAAUUUCCGCCUGGUCUACGACACCAAGGGCCGCUUCGCCGUUCACCGUAUCACGCCGGAGGAGGCCAAGUACAAGCUGUGCAAGGUGAGGAAGAUCUUCGUGGGCACGAAAGGAAUCCCCCACCUGGUGACCCACGACGCUCGCACCAUCCGCUACCCUGACCCCCUCAUCAAGGUCAACGACACCAUUCAGAUUAAUUUGGAGACGGGCAAAAUCACUGAUUUCAUCAAGUUUGACACUGGUAACCUGUGCAUGGUGACCGGCGGCGCCAACCUGGGGAGGAUCGGCGUGAUCACCAACAGAGAGAAGCACCCCGGUUCUUUCGACGUGGUCCACGUGAAGGACGCCAACGGCAACAGCUUCGCCACCCGGCUCUCCAACAUCUUCGUCAUCGGCAAGGGCAACAAGCCGUGGAUCUCCCUGCCCCGCGGGAAGGGCAUCCGCCUCACCAUCGCCGAAGAGAGAGACAAGAGGCUGGCGGCCAAACAGUGGGUGAAGUGAGCCCGGGCGGCCGGGCCGGAAGAGCCUCUGUGCAGUUAAGGUGACCCAGCGUGAGAAGAAGGUGGUGGGCGGACUGACGUGUUCGCGGAGACGUUGAUGAUGCAGAACCUGCGUUUCAUGCCCUUUUCCUGUGGGACUUACCAGCUACGCGAGUAUGACAGUCCCCUCCCCUGCAGCCACUCUCACUCCAGCCCCUUCCUUUGUCUGUGUGCCCCAGGGUCGGUCACCCACCGGCACCGCCCGCGUGCGGCCAGCUCUCCGCCCUGCAGAGCUGGUUCCGCUUGUUUAUCCCCUUCCGGUCACGUUUCUUACCCCGUCUCACAGUUGUGCGGAGACAGCGUUCCACGUGUAUUCGUAGGUUUCUUGCCAGAUGAGUAGUUUCGUUUUGAAUGUUUAUGUAAUUGCAAUUGAAAUUUUAAUAUAGAUUUUAGUUAACGUAUUAAUACUGGUUUAUUAAAUGUAGCAAGUACACCAUACCAAUGUAAGAUGUUCCUACUUGGUGAAGCUGGUUCCAGAUACAUGGGAAUCUUACCAAUUUUUCUGUAAUGUAAAAUUAUUUUAAAAAAUAAAGCUUAUUAAAAAAUA